AAAUGAGAGAAACAGCAUUCAAGACUAACGAUACGUCAACGUGCCAACUCUCAAUUUCCGCUGUGUUGUCAAUAAAUUUUGUUCCUCUGCCCCUCAUCUUUCGCGCGUGUAAAAAUUUGGAUAAAACAAAGUGAGAAAAUUAGCGGUGAGAAUAUGUCUGGCUACGCUGGGCCGGAAGAUUAUUGGUCCCAACCGCCCCAAGGACAAUAUAACUUUGACGCAUCGGGAGGCUUCGACCAACCUAACCAACAAUUCGAGUUUCAAACAUACACCGAGCAACAAGCCGGCGAUUAUUCAAGUUUCAAUCAGAAGCCGUACUUGGAUCCGACCCAAAAUGUUUAUGGAGGUGACAUGUACGCUCAGGAUGAUUUCGCAAAAGGAACACCUGGAUUCGACGAGGAAGAUGAACCUCCGCUUUUAGAAGAACUUGGCAUAGACCCUGACCGUAUAAUCCAGAAGACUCUGGCUGUUUUGAACCCGUUUCACAGGCGAGGACAAACGGACGAUGCAAACUACCUCCUUCAAGAUUCAGAUCUUGCUGGUCCAGUCGCAUUCUGUUUGGUGCUAGCAGCAUUUUUGUUGCUUGCUGGAUCUAAAGCACAUUUUGGCUAUGUUUAUGGGCUCGCUGUAACAUCGUGCUUAAUGAUGUAUAUCUUGCAAUCGCUGAUGAGUAGCACUGGAAACAUAACACUGUCAUCGGUUGCAUCGGUUUUGGGAUAUUGUAUAUUACCUGUGGUUGCUCUGGCUGGAUUGAGCAUCUUUACUACUUUGCGAGGUCCGAUAGGCAUGGGUUUAGCCGCAUUCGCUGUAACUUGGGCCACCCUCUCAGCAUCCAGACUCUUUGCAGCCAUGUCCUGUGAAGAAAAACAACGUCCACUCAUCGCGUACCCUUGCAUACUCCUCUAUGGAGUGUUUACCUUGAUAGUUAUUUUUUAGUUCAACGAAAAUUUAUAUUGAAUUAUGGCUGCCAACAAAAAUCUGCAUCAAAAUGAACCGAGUGAAUUGA